AUCAACCUUGGCCAACAUUCAUCCAACAAAGGCCUCAAUUCCAAAGCUAGAACUUCCAACAACCAUACCAAGCACAAGUUGGUCAAGGGUUUCAGCAACAACAACAAGUUGACAAGUUCUCUAAGCUUGAAGACCUUUUGACCUCCUUUGUGAGUACAAGCUCUCAGAAGUUCGAGAAGAUUGAGAAAUUCAUGGAUGCGGCAACCACCAAGUUUACCUCAGUUGAGGCGGGACUCCGAAGCCAUCAAGCAAGUCUCCAAAACUUAGAAGUACAAAUUAGCAAUCUUGACGGGAUCCUCACCGAGAGACCAAAGGGAGCCUUACCCUCUCAAACCAUUACUAACCCCAAGGAUCAUGCCGGGGUGAAUGCAAUUCAUUUGAGGAGUGGGAAGGUGGAGGUCGUUUCCAAAGAAGUGAAUGUGAAGGAAGACCCUCUACCCGAGGGUGAAGAAGAGGAAACCUCGGGGGAAAAAAGAUGAGUGGUGAGGAAGGCAUCGCCGACGCCACCACCUGUGGCUGAUUACACGCCACCCCUACCUUUUUCCACAAGGGUGCACAAGGAAAGAUUGUAUAGGAAUGUGGAGGUUUCAUGGAGAUGCUCCGAAAGCUCCACCUCAACAUUCCCUUCCUUGAAGCAAUGGCCCACAUGCCAAGGUACUCGAGAUACCUCAAGGGGUUUCUCUCCAAGAAGCCGAAGUUAGAAGACCUCGCCAAUGUCACCGUAGGCAAGGAGUGCUCAGCCUUCAUCCUCAAUAGGUUCUCCAAGAAGCGACCCGAUCCAGGUAGUUUCACUAUACCUCUUUGCAUCGGUUCUCAUCACAUAGAAAAUUCCUUGGCGGACUUAGGGGCGAGCAUAAAUGUGAUGCCAUUUAAGCUUUUUAAGAGGCUAGACAUAGGUGAACUAAAGAUCAUGAGGCUUAGUGUUACAUUGGCCGAUUGUUCUGUCAUUAGUCCUAGGGGCAUAGUGUAGGACGAGCUAGUAUGAGUGGGAAAAUUCUAUUAUCCGAAAGAUUUUGUCAUCCUGGAUAUAAGUGAGGAUUUUGAUAUGCGACUCAUACUAGGACACCUUUUCCUUGCCACUGCCAAGGCAUUAAUUGAUGUAAAUAAGGGAACUUUGAUUCUGAGGGAUGGUGAGGAGAGAAUUACUCUUGGAAUUUAUCCUAAGCCUAGGAGUGAGGAAGUGAAGUAAGUGGAACCGGGUGAUGUGAAUUGAUGACUCGAUAUUUGCACAUGUUUUCCCCUUUGUUUCUUGAUCGUUUAAGCUUGCAUUAUCGCUUCUUUGGCCUAUUUUAUGCUAGGUUGUGUUUCUUUGUCACAUUUCAGGUCCUAGCAUGUAAAUUGAAGCAUAGGCGCAAGUUUGAAGUCAAUCGGAGAUCAUUCGGCAAUUCGGGAGAAGAAACACGAGCAUAACCUGAGGAAUAAUGGAAUUCUACCUCAUAUUAUGGACAAAUAAUCAUGGAAUUUUGUCAUGAAAAGAAAGAGGACGAGACUACGAGCGUCUGGGAUCAAACGGAGACUGAUUCGGAGUCCGGACGAGGGAGAAACGAAGCAUUAAACAGAGGCUGAGCAAGCCACACGGGCACGCCUAAAAACCCACACUGCCGUGUGAUCUGGCCAUGUGGCCGUGUGGAAAUCACCGAGCCCUCACACGGGCAUAUGGGAAAGUCACACGGCCGUGUGGCCUGGCCGUUUGAUCGGGAAUUUCUGGUUAAAACCCGAUUUUCAGCAAAAGGAAAGGAGAGAGCUGGGUUUUGGUUCCCAAACACCCAAGGGACGAACCCUAGAGAGAGAGCGACUUGGGAACAUUCUUGGAGCUAUUUUGGAGGAUUUCUUCGCCAUUGGAGCUCGGGAAUCAAGCUUGGAGAUGGAGAUUGAAGAUCUAGAUCAGAUUUCUGCAGUCUCUCUCUUCUCUAUGGAGUAACUUCCCUUCACUUAGGUUUUGAGGAACCCUAGUUCCAUGUGUUAGGAUCUUUCUUGUAUGAAGUUUUGGAUGUUAUAUUGUUUGAUUAUAAUCGAUUGAGGCAUGAUUUAUUGAGUCAAUUGAAUCUUGAUCAAAUUCUCUUGAUUUCUGCUUUAACCUAUGAUAGAUAGAAUCUGAUUAGGUUAAGAGAGCUUCCUUGAUUGAUAGUAGUGAAUUGGUUGUGCGGGAGUCAAUCAAUUCACUGCUUUGUACUGGAAUUCAUUCCAGUAGUGGAGAUCUGUGUGAAUCGCCUUAGCAGUCUAUCCCGGUGAAGGCUAGUCGCCUGCCGGGUAUUCUGUCUAAGAGGGCUUGGUCAGCUUAAGAGAUUCCAAGCUAAUUUAGGAUCUUCCGCAGUUUAAUCAACAGUAGAUCAACCAAAGGUAAUUGCAACUUGGACUUAAUUGAGGAGCUAGGGGGAAUCAUACCUAAGUGAGUUCCCAACUUGUAAUUAGUAGAGUAGUUAGUAAAGUAGUUUAGUAAAUCAAUCCUUAAUCUAGUUUGCUAGAUAAUGAACUGAAGCUGAGUAAUAGUAACUCUAAAGACCCGUGGAUUCGAUAUUUAUUACUUGUGCCACUAUACUGCAGUCCCUUUCAUUGGUUACACUUGGCCAUUGUUAGGUGUUGUGUCAUAGCGUGUCAUGAAUGCAAGUGGAGGAGAGUCUUGCAAGGCGAACCCCACUAUUACUGUUGGCUCUUGUGAUUAUGGGAAUCAGGAAAGCAAAGAGGGCAUCUCGCCCAAAGAAGGAAGGAAAAGAGCUUGGAGAGAGAGGAUAAGUUACGCUAAUACCCGGUGGAAGGAGAAGGGCAAAGUGGAAGUCAUUGGUCGAGAAGGCCACCCAAUGGAGAGAAAGUUGAUAGGAGACAUGCCUCACCCCGAAAACGUGGCAGAUCCACUCUCGACGGCAUCACGUUCAAUGGCGUAAUAGAUUUGCAACGUCAAGCUAGUGACAUUAACUUAGCGCUUGUUGGGAGACAACCCAACUAAGGUUUGUUUUCUUUUCCUUAUUUUUCGUUUGUGUCGAGUGAAGUGUUCAAGUGGUCGAGUGGUAUCCCCGUGCCAGGUUUUUGUGAUUGGGUGUUUUGAGUUGUGUUGUGAAUGAUAGUAGGCAUGGUGGAGUAGGUCGAGUAAUAUUUUUUUGGAAGUGCCCUGUUUUCACGGACGGAUUGGCUUGUUACGGUCUUAUAAGACCGUGAACAGGAAAACGUGUCCGGGAACCAGGGUGCUUCCACAUGUGUCAAACCCAUCGAUUUGUCAGCGUUCACAGACGGAUUGCAGUGUUCACAGUCUUAACGACCGUGAACAGGAAAACGCGUCCGUGAACUGCAGGGUCUGCCUAUAAAAGGGCCGUGAACGGUUUUCUUCACUUCACGACCCAAAAUCUCGCCGUAAUCUUUCAAAUCUCACUGGAAAACCGCGAAAAUCUGACGGUUUUUGCCCAUUUUACCCAUUUCCGGCGAUCCAAACCCAAAACCAAGACCAGACCUAGCCUCCCCUCAUCAAAAGCAGCCUUCGUUGAGAUUUUAGGGAAAUUUGGGGUACUUUUCAGGUGAAGUCGCCGGCGGCGAGACUCCGACGAGCUUCUGACGAAGCUUCGACAACCUUCCUCCAGUCUGUUUUCAGCCAAAUUUUCGGCUUCCUCGCCCUCUCCUCACAUCCCUACCCUUCCUACUUGAGUAUUGACACGCCAAAACACAACACCAAACUGCGACCAAGUGUAAUCGCAGUCCGGGAAUGCAGUAAAGUGGCAAGUUCUAAAUAUCAACCUGGGGUCUAGAUCUACUGCCUACUCCGUGAUUAUCUAUUAUCUAGCUAACUAAGUCGAUUGAUUUUUGUCUUAACUGAAAGCAGAAAGAAAGCAGGAAUUGAUUCGGUUUUCUUAAGCAAAGGAAGAGUCACUCGGGAAUGAGUCCCCCUAGCUCCUUAGUUAGGUCUCAGUUGUAAUUACCCUGGGUUGACUUACUGUUGAUUAGACUGCGAAAGAUCCGACAGUAGCUUGGAAUCUCUUAAGCUGACCAAGCCCUCUCAGUCUAACUACCCGGCAGACGACUAGUCUUCACCGGAAUAGAAAGCUGAAGCAAUAAGCACAGAAUUCCACU